AUGUGCCUACGUGAGCAAUAUGCACAAAUGGAUGAAUCUGAUAUUAGAAGGAAGUGGUCUGGUGGUGCAUUGGGAAGACAAGAUUGUAUAUCAGAAAUUGAUUCUAGGAACUGCAGGGUGCGGGAUUGGUCUGUUGAUUUUUCUGCUGCAGGUGUCAACCUGGACAGUUCAAAAACGUCAGCUGAUAACCAUUCCCAGCGAAGCCACUCAAAUGAGAUUGCAUGCCAGUUGAACUUCAGAGAGCACUCUGGAGAAAGUGUGGAUGUAGACAGCAGCAUAUUUACAAAAGCAUGGGUUGAUAGUGCUGGUAGUGUAGGGAUAAAGGAUUAUAAUGCCAUUGAGAGAUGGCAAUCUCAAGCAGCUGCUGCUGAUUCUGAUUUCUUUCACCGGUCUAUACACCUUACGGAUGAGGAGGAUUCAAACACGAAUUCAAAGCCACUUACAUGGAAGCAUGAUGUCCUGGCAAAUGAGAGCUCUGCUUCACAAGUUACAGUAAGCCGGGAGUUGUUGGAUAAUCAACAUAGAGGAGCAGAGCGUAUUAAAGUGGCUGUCGUGGAUUAUGUUGCAUCGUUACUCAUGCCUCUUUAUAAAGCAAGGAAAAUUGAUAAGGAAGGCUACAAGGCUAUAAUGAAGAAAACUGCAACCAAGGUAACUUCUUCUCUAUACCUGAUCUAUAGCUGUUUUGUUGCUUGGCAGUUCCCUGUAAUUUAA